AUGUAUGCAUUUGAGAGGUACAUGCAUAUUCUUAAGGGCUAUGUGCGUAACAAAGCCCGUCCAGAGGGCUCUAUUGCUGAAGGUUACAUUGAUAAUGAGGCUCUUACCUUUUGCUCUAUGUACUUCAACGAAGGUGAGACAAAAUUUAAUAGACCAGAGCAGAAUUAUGAUGGGCCUAUUAAAGCUACACAAGAUGGAAAUAUUUCUGUAUUUAAGCAAAAAGUACAUGGAAUAGGAGCUGCAAUUAAUGAUGUGUUGAAUUUAAAAGAUUUGAAGAAAGCUCGAUGGUAUGUGUUGAAUAAUUGUGAUGAAGUUCAACCGUAUGUGAGGCAAUACAUGGAUGAACUUGAGAGACAAGGUUUGAGAAAUGUUCAAGAGAGGCUGGAAUCAGAGUUUCAUACAUGGUUUCUAAAAUACGUAAGAGCUAUAAAUUUUUAACCUUAUUUGUGCAUUUAAAUAAUGUAGCUAAGU